CAAGCAUGGAAGAGAUCGAUACAGCUGUACAGCCUGACCUGCGACUGGCAAUGGACUACACGAACAACUCCUCCAACAGCUACACCUCCGGAGACACCAUGAGCUCCUCCUUAGCCAACAUGACCAUCAGCGACCAGCACCACCAGGAGAACGGCAUCAUGAAAGAGCCUGAAGCAGCUGUCAGUGAAAACGGGGCUAAACCUGUGUCUGAGCUCUGUGACGACAAGGUGCACCCUGUGGAGACGUCAGAGAAGGCCGGUGUUGAAGCGGCAGGGCCUGAGCUCUCAGAAACAGAGAGCACUUCAUGUGGAGGCGAGGGGCAGCUUGCAGCAGCAGCAGGAGGAGGAGCAGCUUCAACAGCUCAAGCAAAGAUCGAUAACGGCUCUGCAGAUAAGACCCCAACUGCUAUCAAACCAACCUCUUCCCCUAAAAGACCAUCCCCAGUCAACAAAACAAACUCUCCCUCCGGAAACGGCCCCAGCUCCAUCCCCAUUAAAACCAGCAGCCCGGGGCCCCGGCAGCCCGGAGCUCCCGGUCUUGCAAAGUCUCAAACCCAAGGAGUGAAAUCAGCAGCUCAAGCAGCUAGUGCCAAGAAACCUCCCACUCCAAAAAAUCUAAAAGAUGGGAGUGGCCAUAGCAGCCCCGGCACUAAAUCUCCCUCUAGCCAACUCUCUGCGAAGGCUGCGGCGGAGGCCAACAAAGUGAAGAAAGUGGCGGUGGUGCGUUCUACGCCCAAAUCCCCGGGCUCGCUGAAGAGCCGCCCCCCCGUCCCUCUGGCUGCAGCGGCUCCAAUGCCCGACCUGAAGAAUGUCAGGUCCAAGGUCGGCUCCACAGACAACCUGAAGCACCAGCCUGGGGGGGGAAAGGUACAAAUCCUUGAACAGAAGUUGGAUUUUAGUAGUGUCCAGUCUAAGUGUGGCUCCAAAGGCAAUUUGAAACAUGUACCCGGUGGCGGCAAUGUCCAAAUCCUUGACAAGAAGCUGGAGUUACCUAAUGUUUCAUCUCGCUGUGGAUCUAAGGACAACAUAAAGCACACCCCUGGAGGAGGCAAGGUUCAAAUUCUUGAAAAGAAGCUGGACUUAAGCAGUGUGCAGUCCCGGUGCGGCUCCAAAGAUAAUAUGAAACAUGUAGCGGGUGGAGGCAAUGUUCAAAUUCUUGAAAAGAAGCUGGACUUAAGCAGUGUGCAGUCCCGGUGCGGCUCCAAAGAUAAUAUAAAACAUGUAGCGGGUGGAGGCAAUGUUCAGAUUGUGCACAAAAAGGUCGAUCUGACCAACGUUCAGGCCAAAUGUGGAUCUAAAUCCAACCUCCACCAUAAGCCAGGUGGUGGGAAUAUCGAGAUCAAAAAUGAGAAGGUGGAGUUCAAAGGUCAGUCUAAGGUCGGCUCUCUGGGAAACAUCGGCCACGUCCCUGGAGGGGGGCAGAGGAGGAUUGAGAGCCACAAGCUGAGCUUCCGUGAGUCCGCCAAGGCGCGCACGGACCACGGCGCAGAGAUCGUCUCCCUGGAGGACUCCCCCCACCCCCUCAGCACCGUGUCCUCCUCCGGCAGCCUCAACAUUGCCGACUCCCCGCAGCUCUCCACGCUGGCCGACCAGGUGUCCGCCUCCCUGGCCAAACAGGGCUUGUGAACGCCCCCCCCUCCCCCAACCUCCACCUGGCUCCACUCAACCACACGACCACGUAGAGGAGUUGUGAUGCCUCCCUCGUUAUUUUCACAGGACUUUUUUAGCUACCCAUCACUGUUUAUCCUUCACUAAACUGGCAUUACGUAGAGAGAGAGAAAAAUGAUUAACAAGUAUGUAUUUAAUUUCUCUCUGUGGUCUCUUUAUUUGCUAUUUUUACCUUUUGUAAGUCUCCCUUUUAAGAGUUUAAGCACCCCAGCAGAGCAACAUUGUCCCUGUGAAUCCACAGAUCUUCAUACAUAUCCUGGUAAUCAUUUAACACUUGGUUUCCUGUCCCAUCGACUGUGGCCCUUUAGAGAGGUCUGUAUCUAACGUGUCCCCUUUCCUUUCCUGCUGGGGUCCGGGUUGUGCUAACGCAGAAGGAGCAGCUAACAGGGUACUGUGAGGGGUGUCGGAGGAAAACUGCUAAAAAGAAAAGUAGCAAAUUAAUUGUGCAAGGCAGAGAAAAUGCUUUCAGACCUCAGUGCUGUAUUUUGCUUGGUGUAGUCCCGACAUGACUGGGGUGUAACCUGGAUAAAAAAAAGAAAAGAAAAAACAACUGCUAGCGUAGAAACUUUGGUUUGUGUUGGGCACAGUUUUAUAAUCGUUCUCUGUGGAUAUAUGACAUGUAUUUGAUAUGAAGAAACAUUUGUAUCGUGCCUGCUACUGUCAGUGUUAUUUUAUUUUUUGUUACUGCUCUAUUGUAAAUGCGCUUAAGAAGCUAAAUUAACCUUAAAGCAUUUUAAACUGUCAUGGCCAAAUUAUUAAGAGGAAUAGAGACUCGAAGCUAGUCAUUGAUAACAGUACAUUUAAGGUAGGUAGAAUAAUCAUCACAAUUACUGGAAGUUAUUCUUAAAGCGAGACAACGCAACUUCUGAUAAAAUGAUGCUAAGCUAACAGUGUUAAAGUAAAGAAGCUAGUUGUACAUUUGACUUUUAAGAUUGUGUUAGCUCCUCUCUUAAACGUUACAUAAUCUCACUUUAAAGGUGGAAAAAAGUAGUACAUUUGUUCUCAACCAUAAUGAUUAGCAGGUUGGUGGAUGAUAAUGGAUGAUGAUGAUGAUGAUGGAUGAAGAUAGGUUGACUGGGCCAAGUUAAGUUGAGGGAAAGCUGUACAGCAGUUGAUGUUUGUCUCUGGACGGUUCCACAUGACGCCAAGUUAGCUGGUUGCUUUUAUCUUCCCUAAUAAAAUACUAGAGAUCACGGCUAAGAAAAGUACUAAGUCGGCCAAAAGUAUGUGGUUGUGGACACCCGAAUUCUCGCUUUGUUGGCCUAUAUCUCAAGAAAUUAGGACCAGCAAUGUGUCUGUAAUACUUCUGACUAACAUACUUAGUUUCCUCAGCUAAUUCCCAAGUUUAAAAGCAAAGAUUAGUUAAUCGCUCUCAUGACCACCUCAAUAGUAUCUUGAUCCACAGAUUCAAAGAGAGUAAUGAGUAUUUAGUGUUUUGUAAAGAUGCAACCAGCCGUUUUCCUCAAGUUGUAAUGAGAUCCUUAACAAUAUAACACUCCGUUCAUGUGCUCCAACACGUCCUAAUGUCGAUCGAUAUUCCCAGUGACUCAUCACUAUUACGCGCAUUAAUAUUAAGUGAAACAACUUCUUGCAUGCACCUCAUGUAGGAGUCUGCCUGUUGCCCCCCCUUUCACAAAGUGGUCUCUUUGUACUUCCUCUUUAAUGAACACUUCCUGGAUAUGGAAAGACAUGGUCUAGAAAAAAAAGGUGGUUAUAAAGAGUCCAAACACUCCCAACUGUGUGUAUUUAACAUGUUGCCGACAUAGAUUUAAAGGUGUUUUAUCUCUAUGAUCGCAAAGAUAGGACGUAAGAGUGCUUGCACCUUUAUCUGCAUGCUGAGUUCUUUAGACCACAUCAUGUGUGGGUGAGAGGAGGAGGAGAGGUAAUGUGCUUCGGUGGGUCGGUUUUCUGCAGUAACAAAACUCAUCACCCUUUUUUUCGUUUGGUUGCUUCUGACGCUGUACAGUUGUGGAAAUGUGAUUGUUCUCGUUAUUGUGCAUUUGAUCAAUAACUGGUUUAUGAUGAUUCUUGUUGCUGUAUAUGUGUAUUUGAAAAUAAAUGCUAUGAAGUCAC